AAAAUUGAAGAAUUUUUUUCAGUUAUAAAAUCCAUACAUUUAUGGCUCCACUCAGAAUAUAAAAUGAUAAGGUACAUUUUUUUAUCCAAUGGUAAGGUAUUAAUAGUGAUAUUAGAGCUACCUGUUCAAUAAAAAAAUCCUAUUUAUUCUAGCUUCAUAGGCUAUGUAUAAUUGCUUUAUAAAAGAAGAAAAAAGAGGGAGCUAAAUUAACUUGCACCACGCCAAUGUGUAUAUAAGCAUUUUCAUUAGAGCAUCGGCCCUACGUCUUUUCGGUCAUUUUUUAAACUGUUUAAAAAUGGAUUUCGAUAAAAUAUUAAUAGACUUUGGCGAAUAUGGCUCGUAUCAAAAACAGUUAAUCUGGUUAAUCGUUUUACCAUGUGUUUUGCCAUGUGGAUUUCAUGCUUAUAAUCAACUAUUCAUGGCUUCCAUUCCACAACAUUGGUGUAAAGAUGAAUACCAUUUUAAUUAUACAUCUAAAAUUAAUCAGUGUUUGGAUUCAAUGAAUAACACGUGCAAAUUCUGGGAUUAUGACCACAGUCGAUAUUUAUCUACAAUUGUGACUGAAUGGGAUUUGGUAUGUUCAAAACAGUUUUAUCCAACUUUUGCUUUAACAGUAUUUGGUCUUAGUGGUUUAUUUGGUAUGUUGCUAUUUGGAUUUAUUCAAGAUGGACUUGGGAGACGACCAGCGUUUUUCAUUUAUCUAUUUAUCGAGUGUAUAUUUGGUAUAGCUACUGCAUUUGCCGAGGAUUUCUGGACGUGGUUGAUUUUCAGAAUUGGAGUAGGAUUUACAGUACCAGCAAUUUUAGCAACUCCCAAUGUGCUCCCUAUAGAAUUUGUUGGCCCUGCUCAUCGAACUACAUGUAUUCUUCUCACCAACAUUGCUCAUUCCAUCGGUAUGGUUAUUCUAUCAUUAGUCUUGUAUGCUUUUCGCGAUUGGCGUCAACUUGCUUUAGCUACAUCUUUACCAUUUACUGUUUAUUUCCUUUACUGGUGGAGUUUCCCCGAAUCCCCGAGAUGGCUUUUGGCAUGCGGAAAGUUUGAAAAGGCCAAAUCAAUUUUAUUAAAAAUGGCAAAAAUAAACGGAAAAGAUAUUUCUUUGGAUUAUAUGGACCAACUAAAGAUUAAGUAUGAAGAGGAAUUUAAUAAUCAAAAAAGUAAAACGAUCAAGAAAUAUAACGUGUUUCAUCUAUUCAAGACACCGAAUUUACGUUUAAAAACAAUAGCAAUAACUUUUAUAUGGUUUGUUAACACUACUGUUUAUGUUGGACUUUCAUAUUAUGCACCAGCUCUAAGUUCUGAUGAACACUUAAACUUUUUUUUGGCUGGAGCUGUUGAACUACCCACAUACAUAGUAUUAUGGCCUGCGAUGGAGAAAUUUGGCAGAAAAAGCUUACUACAUAUUAGUAUGCUGAUUGGAGGGUGCGCUUGUUUAGCUGCUACUUUUCCUAUUUUAGAUGAUCAGUGGACCUUGAUAAUGUUUUGUAUCGGAAAAAUGGGAAUUUCGUCGUCUUAUGUUAUUCUAUCUUUAUUUGCUCCAGAAUUAUAUCCAACUGUAGUUAGAGGUUUGGGAAUAAGUGUUAGUUCGGUAGCUGGCAUGAUCGGACCUGUUGGUCUUCCUGUCCUUAAUUAUGUGGGAAUGGGCUCUCAAUUAUCCCUCAUUGUAAUGGGUGUGUUGCAAAUAAUUGGUGCUUUUGUUACACUUAUUCUACCAGAAACAAAAAAUUGUCAUUUGCCACAAACAUUGGAUGACGGAGAAGAGUACAAGUGAUAAAUAAAUAAUCACACUUACAUUUAUUUAUAAAAAUAAUAAUAUGUACAUUUUCAAUCCUUCAUGCGGCAUGCGGCGUGCCUAAUUUACAAUUCCAUGAAGUUGUAUUCUUUUUUAUAUCAUAUAAAACAGAGCCCUUUUUUACUUAUAUGUAAUAAAUUAUAAAUAUCAUAUUAUUAUAUACCGUGGUCAUCGACUAUCAUCUAUUUCAUUAGUCAGUAUUGGUAGCCAUCACUAAAAUAGUAAUUUGCAACUCAAGUGGAUUUUAGUACUAAAUAAAAAAUUUUUUUAUGUAAGUAAAGUAUCAAAUUUUUGUUUUGAAAAAUUGACGCAACAUCAGAGUUUAUUUUGAAUAAUAAUUAAUAUAGGUUUCUUAUGGUGGACACUUCACAAUACCUAUACUUAAUUAUCACUACAAUAGUACAAUGCAUACUUUAUAAAUUAUAGGUAGUAUUAGGUAGCCAUUAGGAACCUAUAGACUAAUAGACUAUAGGCUAUAGUACCUACAUAACAUGUAUUUCAGUAUAGUUAAUACUUUGUCAAUCAAAAUCUAUUCAUACAAUCGUAUUUUGACUGUUCGACAAAUACUGCAUAUUUAAAUAUUUUUUAUGAAUAGGUACUAUAGCUGCUGUAUCCGACUCCACGAGUGUGUAAUAUAUGUAAUUAUAACACAACAGAACAGUAUAAGCAGAAUAAAAAUCCGCAGGAAAAAAAUCCUUAUAAUAAGAACUAUUUCAACUGAUAUUUAGCCCCUAAGUAUUUAAUAGCCUUCGAUUCGAUGUCUUGUUUACAAUACCUGCUAGAAUCCAAUCCCUUUAAUCCAAAAUAUAUAUUAUCCUUUCUCGUUUUUCAUAUUAAAUCAUUUAUAAAUUAAAUUGAUCAGUGAAAACGACUAAUUUAACUCAUGUGGUCUCAAUAGCCACAUCGGCAUUUAUAGAACAAAGUUGUCAGCCAAAUCAUCCUCUAAGACAAUUGAACUUUCCCUUGCUUAAUUAUAUUACCUCAGACCGAUUUUAUCCCAAUCUUGCGUCGUCAGUCGUCAUAUAAUCAACUUUUGGGCCAACUACUGGACUAAUCUGCAGGUACACUUCUUAACCAAAUACAAAAUUACCUAUUGUCCCAAUAUCCUCUAUAAAAAAAAAAACAUUGUUCAAUCGGCUGCAUCCGAAUUGCAUGCCAAAAGAAGCACAUCAUUUCUUUUCACCAACCGUCGCCCCAAAACUGCUGGUAAUUAAAAACUGAACGGUAAUGGUAUUCCUUGGUCACCUAACAUCAAAUACCUACUUUGGUGUAAUUUUAGACAGAAAACUAACAUACGGAUUCCACAUAUCACCUCCAAACUAUAACAAGGCUACCAAAUUCUAA